AUGGUCUCCCAAGCUCAGAUCGUCGAUCGCACAGCGACGACACAAAGUGCCACAUCCUUGGUGUCGCGUCCCUCACACUCUGGCAGACGCCACCGGUCCGGUCGCUCGCACCAUGGCGGCUCCUCGCAUUCCUCCUCGAACGAUUUUCCCAUCUUCACGUACACUGGUGACACGGAGGUCGUGAUUCGCGCUGGGUCACAAGAACGGCGCUACCUGCUGCACCGCUUAAUAUUGGCACAAUGCUCGGGGUAUUUUGAGGCGAGCACAAACGAAGACUGGUCGCGCCAGACUGCGCUGAGUUCGUCCAAGCCAGAUGGCACCCUGUCGCGUGUGAGCGAGGACGACGAUCUGUCUAGCGGGUCAACACUGGCGCCAUCCGACCACGGUGGAAUACCGUCACGGCCGGGCGAAAAGAGACGCUGGAGAUACGAGCUUGAUUGGGAGAAUCGCGCCGAGGAUGAAGAGGCGAUUCUCGUGCAAAAGCAACCAAGCUACGCGCCCAUGUAUAGCAGUGACCAAGCUGCCCAUCCUCCAACGAUGACCAAGCCCUCCAAUGCUCAGGCAGGCUUCUUUCGAUCCAUGGCGAACCUCACGGGAAUGCAAUCAGUAGCCCACCUACCGCAGACAGGGACAGAACAUGGAACCGGGGUCGAUCCGUUGAUACGCGACUAUGACAAUCUGUUACGACUAUUCUACAACCACCCACCCAUCCUCAACAGUGUGAAUAUUGCCUCCGCAUAUACAGAAUGCAAAUCCCUCCUCGCGUUAGCGGAUAUGUACGAUGCACUCCCGGUGACGGGCCCGCGUGUAGAUCACCACCUCCUCGGCUUCGGAUCCCGUCUUUUCAAGCAAAUCGGCAAAUACCCACCCAGCUAUCUAAAGCUAGGCUACCUCGCCCGCAGCAGGGUGAUCUUCUCCGAAGCCCUAAUCCACGUUGUUGGCCAGUGGCCCGCAGCUCUCCCAAGCUUGCGCAGCGGCUCAUACGCUCCUCUACCAGACUCAGUCUUCGAUCUCAUCGAAGACAAAGUAGAGGACCUCGACGAUCUGAAAGCGCGCGUGGAAUCCAAGCUCUUGCGCCUAUCCCUAACAACCUCGCGCGGCGAACGCGUCGGACCCUCAAACGCAUACCUAGACUGGCUAGCCGUGUCCCUAUUUCGCCAAUGGCUCAUCGAAAGCACGACACCACCACCAGCUCCAAUUCUCAAAAAUUCCUCAACACCAAACGAAGUCCCCUCCCAACCCGCUCCAUCAGCUUCACAUCCAACAAGCUCGUCUAGAUCAACCACCCCGCCGGACCAAUCCGCGCGCAUCUAUAGAUUGAUCGGCUCUUCCAACGCGCAAGCAUAUCUAGCCCACGAUGAGCUCAAGCGUUUCCUCAAACUCCAUCCAACUCCGUCCUCUGGUUCGCUAUACACACGCGAGACUCUUAAACGCUUCGAGCGCAAGAUGGAUGAGAUGAAACGACUUGCUCGGGAAAUCGUCAAGCCGCUCAUGCGCAACUUUCUUGAAUUGGAGCUGAAAACUCCUACUGAUUCAACGGGUGGUGCUACUGCUGGUCCUCCUGAGGGUAGGUCUGCCGGCUUGCCCUAUUUGACAUGUACUCGCGUCGAAGAUAUGGACUUGCCCUGGAAGUGA